GACAACAAUUCUUCAUCGAAUUCUUUGGUUUAUAGCCACGAGGUUUUUAGAAAUAUUUCAAUUUAUUAGUGAAAUAAUACAAAGAUUAAUUUCAUUUGAACAAAAUGCCACCCAGUAAUCCUUUGCCGCCUAAAGAAAAUGCUCUUUUUAAAAGAAUUUUGCGUUGUUACGAACACAAACAAUACAAAAAUGGCUUGAAAUUUGCCAAGCAAAUAUUGUCCAAUCCCAAGUUUGCAGAGCAUGGAGAAACCUUGGCUAUGAAAGGGUUAACACUGAACUGCCUAGGUCGAAAAGAAGAAGCCUAUGAAUAUGUGCGCCGUGGCCUCCGCAACGAUCUAAAGUCGCCUGUGUGCUGGCACGUGUACGGACUCCUCCAACGAUCGGACAAAAAGUAUGAUGAGGCGAUUAAAUGUUACCGCAAUGCGCUCAAGUGGGAAAAGGAGAAUAUACAAAUCCUUAGAGACUUAUCAUUGCUUCAAAUCCAAAUGCGCGAUUUGGAAGGUUACAAAGACACCAGAUACCAGCUUUUCAUGCUGAGACCGACACAAAGAGCUUCAUGGAUAGGAUUCGCAAUGAGUUAUCACUUACUAGGUGAUUAUGAAAUGGCAAAUAGCAUUCUAGACGCCUUCCGGACUAAUCAGAUGAAGGGUCCGUAUGACUACGAACAUUCGGAACUGCUUUUAUACCAGAACAUGGUGUUGGCAGAGUCUGGCCAGUACGAAAGAGCCUUGCAACAUUUACAUAAAUUCCAAAGCCAAAUUCUCGAUAAGUUAUCUAUCAAAGAAACCUCCGGAGAAUAUUAUUUGAAACUAAAGAGGUUCAAAGAAGCUGAGGGUGUUUACGAAGAUCUGUUAAAGAGAAAUCCUGAAAAUGUGAUGUAUUAUCAGAAACUUAUAGAAGCUAAACAACUUAGUGAUCCUGAUGAAAAAGUGGCCUUCUUUGAUGUUUAUAAGAGUGAGUACCCGCGUGCGAUCGCGCCGCGCCGCCUGCAAUUAACGGAGGCUCCCGCGAGCGUGUUCGAGCGGCUGGCCGACGAAUACCUUCGUCGAGGCCUCCAUAAGGGCAUCCCGCCGCUCUUUGUGGACUUAAGAUCACUAUACGCAGACCAAAGCAAAGCAGACACGAUAGAGAAACUAAUCUUACAGUAUAUAGACAACUUAACCAAACUGGGCACGUUUAGUUCCGACCCAAGUGAAGGCAAGCAACCGGCCAGUGCGUUGCUAUGGGCAUAUUACUACGCGGCGCAGCACUUUGACUAUAAGAAAGAUACGGACCGGGCGCUGCAUUACAUAGAUGCGGCGAUAGAACAUACGCCUACGUUAAUAGAACUGUUCAUAGUCAAAGGAAGGAUAUACAAGCACGCCGGUGACCCA